GGAGCUGGAGUUAGGGCCCCAUCCUGCAAACCCCUGACGGGGGCACCAGGGGGCUGGGCUGGGGGUUUUGGUAUGGCCAGUCCCCGGCCUCCCAAAUAUCUCCUCGUCUUCGAUUUCGACGAGACCAUCAUCAACGAGAACAGCGAUGACUCCAUCGUGCGGGCGGCGCCGGGGCAGGCGCUUCCGGAGCACAUCCGCCAGACCUUCCGCGAGGGCUUCUACAACGAGUACAUGCAGCGCGUCCUGACCUACAUGGGGGACCAGGGGGUCAAGAUGGGGGACUUCAAGACUGUCUACGAGAACAUCCCCUUGUCCCCUGGCAUGCCGGACCUCUUCCAGUUCCUCUCCAAGAACCACGAGCUCUUCGAGAUCACCCUCAUCUCUGAUGCCAACAUGUUCGGCAUCGAAGCCAACCUGAGGGCGGCCGGUUUCUACUCCCUCUUCCGCAAGAUCUUCAGCAACCCAUCCGGCUUUGACAAGAGGGGGUACUUCACCUUGGGGCCCUACCACAGCCACAAGUGCCUUGACUGCCCGGCCAACAUGUGCAAACGCAAAAUCCUCACGGAAUACCUGGCGGAGAGAGCCCAGGAGGAGGUGGAGUUCGAGAGGGUCUUCUACGUGGGAGAUGGUGCCAAUGACUUCUGCCCUUCCGUGACUUUGACUUCAUCUGAUGUGGCUUUCCCACGGAAGGGCUACCCCAUGCACCGGAUGACCCAAGAGAUGGAGAAGAAGCAGCCUGGAGCCUUCCAGGCCACCGUUGUCCCCUGGGAGUCGGCCGCCGAAGUUGCCCGCUAUCUCCAGGAGGUGCUCAAGAAGAAGUGUUGAGGAUGGCUCAGAAGAGACUUGCUUACGAUAAGCAGUUGGGAAAGGAGAAGCUUUGGGGGGUCACAUCCUGUACCCCACGCUCAUCGGCACGGCUCGCUCAGCCCCCGCUCCCGGGUUGCUUUCCUGCUUCUCCUCUCUGAGCAACUUUGUCCCCAGUAAUUAAAGCA